GCAUGCCUGCGCCGUUUCUAUAUAAAGCCCGGCGGAGUUAAUCUCCGGGACAUUCCCCGGCGCCUGCCACCCCGCCCUCGCCAACGGCUUGCACCGCGUCGUGCCGCUCGGCCUCGGCAUCCUUCUACCGCCGCCGCAGCAGCAAGCUCACCAACUGACAGCUAUCAAAGGCAACCCAUAUACAGCCUUGCUUGGUCAAAGUCCAUAGAUGUUGCCCACUGCACUUUGACACUUACCAGGACGUUAACUAGAUACCGCUUCUGCUGUGAAGCAGUGCAACCUGAUACUGCUUCCCCUCCAAAUGUGAAGAUGCAGCCACAUCUGUGGAAAAGCUGUGAUUGCUGUUCUGUACACAAUUACACUGAACAACUUCAUCCUGAGUUAUGCUGUCCCUGGACCAGAUCCACACGGAGCCACCCCCAACACCCAAGGAGCUGGACUGGGCAGAACAGGGGUUUCUGCCACCCCUGAGCCCUCUGCGCUGUGCCUGGCGCCGGGAUGUGUCCCUGGACUGCAAGAUCAGCCCCGAGGAUGCACAGGCACGAGCCUGCACGGCCUAUUACUAUGACCUGCUGCAGUGCACCUUGCAGCAGGAGGGACUCCCAGAGACAGUUGACCUCACCAAGGAGCCCCGAACAGGGUUUGGACCAUCAGAUGUUACCAUCUGCGUCUUGGGCUCCCCCACUUCAUACCUGUCUGUGCUUCUGGAAGGUGGCAACCAGUGUCCAGGUAACAUGUUGCUGUGCCUGUCACCAACUUGGCUUUCCAAAGUCCCUUCUGAAUCACAUCCUGGAGAGUCGUCUUUGCUGGUCUUCAAGGCAGUGACUUUUCAGGCUGGGGGUCAUACCACUCUGGAAGAAUUUGCUCCCCCGCGCCAUGUCACCUAUUUCACGGGGUGCUUUGGGCCUUGCAAGGUGCAGGGCCAGUCGGCAGCAGAGCUGGCCCGAGACCUCGACUGCCCCACUGGGGGCUCAGGUGAGCUGGCUCGCCUGCUGGAGGACAAGCUGCUGACCCGCCAGCUCAUGGACCAGCAGGCCCAUGUAGCAGUGCCCCCAACCCUGGCCUUCACCUUCAAGCGCCCCUUGCCCCUGCGAAGUGUGACCGAGGAGCAGCGCGUCCGCAUGGUGGAGCUGAGUGGCCGGGAGGGGCAGGACAACCUGCUUCAAGAGGAAAUUGCGGCUUUCUUGCAAAGCAGUACCAUGGAGCCCUACAACCAGGUGGUGGUCAAGCCAUCGGGCUGGCGCUGGAAUGGCACCCAAGCUGUGUCAUUUCACGUGAAGUCAGAACAGGGGAAUGUCCUGCAAGCGGUCCUUGCACUGCUGGAGACCUUGGAGGAGGAGGAGAGCAUCUUGCUGGAGGCCUUCAUUCCCACCGCUCACAUGAUCCAGCCUGGCCCACUGGAGACAAGUGGCUCCCCAUGCAACACAUCUCCACGGCCCAGUCUGGCACUCCGGAUAUGUGCUGUUGUCUGUAGAUUCCGGAAGGACCGGCCUCUACUGAGCAAGGUGGUUUGUGGUGUAGGCCGGGCAGAUAAGCCCCUGAAGCACCAGGCUACAGUGCCCCAAACUCUGGAGAGCAGCCUGCGGCAGUGGGGGCUUGAGGAUGAAGCCCAGAUUGCUGCCAUUCAUGCCCAGAUAAAGCAGAAGGCCGAGGCAGCCAUGGAAGCCUUUAUGGAUAUGGAGGCUGGUCUGUCAGCUGAGCAAAGAGGUGGCCGCCGAGGGCAAACUGACAUUAUUGGUGUGGAUUUUAUCUUGAGCUCAGAGGAGCAGGUGCUGCAGCUGGUGGCCCUGGAGAUGAACUCGCACCUGUGUCUUGAGACCUGCUCAGUCUUCGAAUCCAUAGGCCGGGUGGUGGGGGCACCAGUGGGUGAGGUGGCAUACCCCCUAGUGGAGACGAUGCUGCGUCGUGCACAGUGCCACCUGAUGGAGGGCAAACACGUGCUGGUGAUUGGGGCCGGCGGAUUCAGCAAAAAGUUCAUCUGGGAGGCAGCCAGGGACUACGGGCUAAAAAUCCACCUGGUGGAGUCCGACCCCAACCACUUUGCCUCCCAGCUGGUGCAGACCUUCAUCCACUAUGACACCAUGGAUCACAGGAGGGAUGAGGAGCAUGCCCGGCGAGUGGUGGAGCUGGUGCAGGAGAGGGGCCUGCAUCUGGAUGGCUGCCUGUCCUACUGGGAUGACUGUAUAGUCCUGACAGCGCUAGUGUGUGAAGGGCUGGGCCUGCGCUGUAGCUCCCCAAAUGCCAUGCGAGUGGCCAAGCAGAAGAGCCGCACUCAUCUGCAUUUGAUGCGGCGGCGCAAGGAGGGACCACGCUGGCCCUCAGCAGCACUUUAUGCUGUGCCCUGCUGCCACCUGGAAAGCCAUGCCGAUGUAGAACGGGCGGCCAGCCACAUCAACUUCCCCGGGGUCAUGAAGCUCGAGUAUGGGGCAGGCGCUGUGGGGGUAAAGCUGGUGGAGGAUGCACAGCAGUGUCAUCUGCAUUUCGAGAAGAUCUCCCAGGACCUGCAGGAUGACUCUGACUAUGUAGGCAUUGGGCUGGGCUGGGGCAACACCAUGCUCUUGAUGGAGUACGUCUCUGGCACCGAGCAUGACGUGGACCUGGUGAUCUAUGAAGGGCGGAUGCUGGGGGCCUUUGUGUCCGACAAUGGGCCCACCCGGGUGCCCAACUUCACGGAGACGGCAGCCUGCAUGCCCACCUGCCUGCCGCCCGACCGUGAGGCACAACUCAUCCGUGCUGCCUACCAGUGCUGCUUGGGAUGCGGCCUCACCGAUGGCGUCUUCAAUGUGGAGCUCAAGCUGACAGCAGCCGGCCCCAAGCUUAUUGAGAUCAACCCCCGCAUGGGUGGCUUCUACCUCCGCGACUGGAUUCAGGAGAUCUAUGGAGUUGACAUCAUGCUGGCUUCUGUCAUGGUGGCCUGUGGAGUGGCCCCACUGUUGCCUGCCCGUGCCCCGCCCCACACCAACCUGGUGGGAGUCAUGUGCCUGGGGUCCCAGCACUUGCAGGUCCUCAAGUCCACGGCCAACCAGGAGAUGCUUCAGGCUCUCCACGAGCGUGGCAUCAUCCGCCUCAACCGCCUAGAUGAUGAGUUAGCGUCCAACGAGUACGAGGAGCCCUACUGCAACGUGGCCUGUGCCAGUUCCAGCCGCCAAGAGGCGUGCCUGAAGCUGCUUGGCAUCUGCCAGGUUCUGGGCAUCGACUCGCUGCACUACCCUGUGGCCCAUUUCCUCUCUCACUUCAAAUAGCCUUGGAGAUACGGCUGCCUCAGCCUGGAGCAGGCACAAGCUCAGCUCCAGGGAGGGAGCCUUGUCUGCCCCCCCCCCCCCCGCUGCCAUAUUACCCUCCCCUGAUUCCCAAGUCACCUCCCACCGCAGGGUUCAUAUUACCCAGGCACCCUAUUUCCUACAGUCUUUCUCAAGUGGCUGCUGUCUCCCUCAGGAAGGCACCAUCUGGGGCCGUGUCUGGUAAGUGCCACACCCACACCACUUGCACCCAGAAGGGACUCACCACCUCCUUUUGUGGGGGAAUCUAAUUAACUACAAGUCCCAGGCACCUUCACCAUUCAUGUCCUAUACCUUCAUGUGCAGCUCUGAUUGAUUUCCACCACUAUCCCAGCUUGCUUCCUGAAUUACCCCUCCCCACCACAGUCAAUAGAAGUUUCAGCUUCUUCACCAUCUCUUUUUUCUACUGGGAAAAGCUGCUACCGGGCAGCCCAGGAGAGAGCCCACCUCACACUUCCAGAGUCAAAGGAAGAGAGGGUUUGGUGGUCAGAUCUUUUGCAGUUUCCCAUCAGCCAACACCUCUUCUGUGAUUUGCAGGAGCAAAAUAGUGUGUGCUGCCCCUGAGCACUAGAUUUCCCUGUAGGCAAACUCCAGCUGCUUACAGGCAUUCCCUCUGACUUGCUCAUGCUCCUCAGCCAACCUACUCGUAACAACAGCAGGACCACAUGCACCAACAAUAACAGCUGUUUACAGAGGAGUGGAAUGUAAGUUGUUUAACAAGCUGGUUCUGCUGGCUCAGCAUUUGCAAAGCCCACAGCUAACUAACAUCCUAGCACUGUGUAGUUCUUUCAGAAACUAAAGAGUACAUGCAUGCUCAUCAGAUGACCACAGAAUAACAGUGCAGCAGAGAAACUCGGUGGUCAUCCCUGAUGCGUGUGUUUCUCCUAGAGGCAGAGUCCACUGCAUGGGUUCUCUGUGCUGAUAAGAGAACCUGUUCUAAGCAUCACACCUUGCAGUACUCCUAUAAUAGGAGAGCCUAUAAUAGGAUAGCACUGUGAUAGCACAUCCUGGCAGCAGGCCAUUCCCUGCAGCCCUCCAGUGAAAGAUCACAGCACCAGCACUCCUGAUCUACCUUGGGGGAAAUAAUCCUUCCAGUGGAACCCCAAGGACCUUUUCAAGACUAGGAAACCAUAGUGCCAGCAUUCCUGAGUAUUUCUGCAAUAACAACUCGCACCCUUGCCACCACUCUGAAGUGGGAAGAAGUAACCUUGUUUGUGCAUAGUCCUCAAGUAAUGCUUCCCCAAAUAAGUAAUGUUACCUUUAUAGUACCAGCAUCCUUUAAAUUUUCUAUAACCAGCAUAAAGAGAGGAAUGAACAGUUCCAAACAGCAUGGAGGGAAGAAGGUCUGUCUUUUUAAGAGCUCACUGGUUUUCUCUUGCUUCCACAACAAGUCAGGAUGGCCACUCUGAGGCUUAAAAUGACAGACAUUUUGAUCUCAUUUGGGGAAGGGGAGGCAAGAAUUGGAGCUUCAGGCGCCCAUGACUUGUUGACUAACAGUAGGACCACUAGUUAAGAGUUCCCUCCUAACAAGGAUAGGUGACCCUGCCUGCCUAUAUCUAUCAUUCACUUCUGUAACCAGGCAGGCGUAGGAGUUCCUCCCCCAAUAAAAUGCCAUGUAAAAAUA